AUGACCACCAGGUGAAGUCCAUUCCCCUUUAAUUUGUAGAUACUUAUUAACGAAUUCCUUUAACUCGAUAAGGGAACCAGUCCAUCGAUAUUUAUCGCCAUCAUACAAUAGCUUAAUGUUCGCAGUUGUCGUCAGCAAGUUAUUCAUUAUACGUUGUAGUUUUAAUAUAAAUUCAAUAUAAUAUAGCGAUUCAUUUGACGUUUGUCAGUGCUUGCGAAAAAUCAGCCAAAAUCAAGGUUCCUCACGCUGAGGACAAUGUUCCUUACGCUGAGGACAAGGUUGCUCACGCUGAGGACAAGGUUCCUCACGCUGAGGACAAGGUUCCUCAUGCUGAGGACAAGGUUCUUCACGCUGAGGACAAGGUUCCUAACGCUGAGGACUAGGCUCCUCACGCUGAGGACAAGGUUCCUCACGCUGAGGACAAUGUUCCUCACGCUGAGGACAAGGGACCUCACGCUGAGGACAAGGUUCCUCACGCUGAGGACAAGGUUCCUCACGCUUAGGACAAGGUUUCUCACGCUGAGGACAAGGUUCCUCACGCUGAGGACAAGGCUCCUCACGCUGAAGACAAGGUUGCUCACGCUGAGGACAAGGUUCCUCACGCUGAGAAAAGGUUUCUAACGCUGAGGACAAGGUUCCUCACGCUGAGGACAAGGUUCUUCACGCUGAGGACAAGGUUCCUCACGCUGAGGACAAGGUUCCUCACGCUGAGGACAAGGUUCCUCACACUGAGGAAAAGGUUCCUCACACUGAGGAAAAGGUUCCUCACGCUGAGGACAAGGUUCCUCACGCUGAGGAGAAGGAUCCUCACGCUGAGGACAAGGUUCCCCACGCUGAGGACAAGGUUCCUCACGCUGAGGACAAGGUUCGUCACGCUGAAGACAAGGUUCCUCAUGCUGAGGACAAGGCUCCUCACGCUGAGGAGAACGUUUCUCACGCUGACGAGAAGGUUCCUCACGCUGAUGAAAGGCUCCUCACGCUGAGGAGAAGGUUCCUCACGCUGAGGAGAAGGAUCCUCACGCUGAGGAGAAGGAUCCUCACGCUGAGGACAAGGUUCCCCACGCUGAGGACAAGGUUCCCCACGCUGAGGACAAGGUUCCUCACGCUGAGAACAAGGUACCUCAAGCUGAGCACAUGGUUCCUGACGCUGAGGAAAGGUUCCUCACGCUGAGGACAAAGUUCUUCAAGCUGAGGACAAGUUUCCUCACGCUGAGGAUAAGGUUGCUCACGCUGAUGAAAGGUUCCUCACGCUGAGGGCAAGGUUCCUCACGCUGAGGACAAGGUUCCUCACGCUGAGGACAAGGUUCUUGACGCUGAGCACAAGGUUCCUCACGCUGAGAACAACGUUCCUCACGCUGAGCACAAGGUUCUUCACGCUGAGGACAAGGUUCCCCACGCUGAGGACAAGGCUCCCGACGCUGAGGACAAGUUUCCUCACGCUGAGGACAAGGUACCUCAAGCUGAGCACAUGAUUCCUGACGCUGAGGAAAAGUUCCUCACGCUGAGGACAAGGUUCUUCACGCUGAGGACAAGUUUCCUCACGCUGAGGAUAAGGUUCCUCACGCUGAUGAUAGGUUCCUCACGCUGAGGACAAGGUUCCUCACGCUGAAGACAAGGUUCGUCACGCUGAGGACAAGGUUCUUGACGCUGAGGACAAGGUUCGUCACGCUGAGAACAACGUUCCUCACGCUGAGCACAAGGUUAUUCACGCUGAGGACAAGGUUCCGCACGCUGAGGACAAGGUUCCCCACGCUGAGGACAAGGUUCCCCACGCUGAGGACAAGGUUCCUCACGCUGAGGACAAGGUUCCGCACGCUGAGGACAAGGUUCUUGACGCUUAGCACAAGGUUCCUCACGCUGAGAACAACGUUCCUCACGCUGAGCACAAGGUUCUUCACGCUGAGUACAAGGUUCCCCACGCUGAGGACAAGGCUCCCGACGCUGACGACAAGUUUCCUCACGCUGAGGACAAGGUACCUCAAGCUGAGCACAUGGUUCCUGACGCUGAGGAAAGGUUCCUCACGCUGAGGACAAGGUUCUUCACGCUGAGGACAAGUUUCCUCACGCUGAGGAUAAGGUUCCUCACGCUGAUCAUAGGUUCCUCACGCUGAGGACAAGGUUCCUCACGCUGAGGACAAGGUUCCUCACGCUGAGGACAAGGUUCUUGACGCUGAGGACAAGGUUCUUCACGCUGAGAACAACGUUCCUCACGCUGAGCACAAGGUUAUUCACGCUGAGGACAAGGUUCCGCACGCUGAGGACAAGGUUCCCCACGCUGAGGACAAGGUUCCCCACGCUGAGGACAAGGUUCCUCACGCUGAGGACAAGGUUCCGCACGCUGAGGGCAAGGUUCCUCACGCUGAGGACAAUGUUCCUCACGCUGAUGACAAGGUUCGUCACGCUGAGGACAAGGUUCCUCACGCUGAGGACAAGGCUCCUCACGCUGAGGAGAACGUUCCUCACGCUGACGACAAGGUUCCUCACGCUGAUGAAAGGCUCCUCACGCUGAGGAGAAGGUUCCUCACGCUGAGGAGAAGGAUCCUCACGCUGAGGACAAGGUUCCCCACGCUUAGGACAAGGUUCCCCAAGCUGAGGACAAGGUUCCUCACGCUGAGGACAAGGUAGCUCAAGCUGAGCACAUGGUUCCUGACGCUGAGGAAAGGUUCCUCACGCUGAGGACAAGGUUCUUCACGCUGAGGACAAGUUUCCUCACGCUGAGGAUAAGGUUGCUCACUCUGAUGAAAGGUUCCUCACGCUGAGGACAAGGUUCCUCACGCUGAGGACACGGUUCCUCACGCUGAGGACAAGGUUCUUGACGCUGAGGACAAGGUUCCUCACGCUGAGGACAAGGUUCCACACGCUGAGCACAAGGUACUUGACGCUGAGGACAAGGUUCCUCACGCUGAGGAAAGGUUCCUCACGCUGAGGACAAGGUUCCCCACACUGAGGACAAGGUUCCUCACGCAGAGGACAAGGCUCCUCACGCUGAGGACUAGGUUCCUCACGCUGAGGACAAGGAUCCUCACUCACGCUGAGAAAAUGUUCCUCACAGUGAGGUCAAGGCUCGUCACGCUGAGGACAAGGUUCCUCACGCUGAGGACAAGGUUGCUCACGCUGAGGAAAUGUUCCUUACGCUGAGGACAAGGUUCCUCAAGCUGAGGUCAAGAAUCCUCACGCUGAGGACAAGGUUCCUCACGCUGAAGACAAGGUUCGUCACGCUGAGGAAAGGUUCCUCACGCUGAGGACAAGGUUCCUCACGCAGAGGACAAGGCUCCUCACGCUGAGGACAAGGUUCCUCAUGCUAAGGACAAGGUUCCUCACGCUGAGGACAAGAUUCCUCACGCUGAGGACAAGGUUCCUCACGCUGAGGACAAGGUUCCUCACGCUGAGGACAAGGUUCCUCACGCUGAGGACAAGUUUCCUCAUGCUGAGGGAAGGUUCCUCACGCUGACGACAAGGUUGCUCACGCUGAGGAAAUGUUCCUCACGCUGA